AUUAUUACUUCAACUUUCCACGCAGUGCGAAGUUCAACUUUUGCAUCCGCUUCAACCUCGCUUCCGAUAUCACAGCCUCUCGCAGCUGCUAGUCAAAUCCAAGAAAGUUCACCUUUUUGGAGAUGAAUACAACGAGGCAGCACAGGCAGCGCCCACUGCCCGCUGUCCAACUGAUUCCGCUAUGUUUUCAUACAAAAGGCAGACCAGUCUGACAACUAUCCCAUCAUUAAAUUCCAUAUUCAAUUUCCUCCUCCUCCUUUCCUCAAUUCCAGUUUCUCGGGAAAAAUGGCUCUCGACUCUCAGGGCAUCCUUGCAGCGGUGACCAUCGCAAUGUAUAUCCCCUUCCUAUUCGUUUCCCUCAGGUUGGUGAUGAAGUACGGCAUAUCGCGAGGUGAUGGUUGGGUCUUGUUGUUGGUAUUUAGCAUCAUCCGAGUAUUGGGAGGUGCUUUACUUGUCGCAGCUGAGGAUAUCACGCCCGCCAAUAUUUCACUUUACACCGGCGGCUAUGCCCUAGAGUUAUCUGGCCUAUCCCCACUGUUGCUUUGCACGUUGGGUCUGUUGCACUCAAUGUUCCUAACUCCCGAUGGCCUUUCGAAAUAUAACAGACAAUUCCGCCUUCUUCAACUCCUUGGCACGGUCGCUCUCAUCCUUACCAUCACCGGCAUCUCCGAUGAGACAAGUUCCAGUUCAGACUCGAGUGGGAACAUUAUGCGCAGGGCCGGUGUGCUCCUCUUUUGCGCCCUAUACAUCAUCCUUGUUGGCAUUUGCGUCCACGUAUGGACCCAAGUUGGCUUUGUCAUGAGAUACCGCAAGCAGCUCUUGAAGGCUAUCUCUAUUGCACUGCCAUUCUUGGCCAUUCGGACGCUCUACAGCGUUCUGUCCACAUUCUCUUCGAGCACGUUUUCGGUAACCGGAACCACCGAGUCCAACACCAGUGAUCUGGCAAAAUUCAACAUGAUCACGGGCGAAUGGCAAAUCUACCUCGUAAUGGACAUGCUCAUGGAGUACGCCGUUGUGAUCAUCUAUGGUGUUGCAGGCAUCAUGCUUCCCCUCAACGAAGAUUACAAGUCUGCAGAUUCGUAUCAAGAUGAGUACCCCUUGAGUAGGCCUCAGAUGUGAGCACCGAGGCGCCAGUGAAUGACACUCAUGCAUGUUCGGUCACGAAGCGGAAUGUCGGUUUAACGGGCAUAAUGAUACCAUUUCCAUAACUUAACUUAUAUGUCUGUCUACAAGGUUACCUACCGCUUGUAGAUAUGUUAAUAGGUCUUUUAUUUAACAGUGUGGUUGAUUCAUAUUAUGAUCUGGAUGAUGUCA